AUGGCAGUCGGUGAUGGACAGAUGUUGCAUGGGAAUGGGUCCGAUUCGGCCCAGAAAUUACCGUCGGACAUGCAGCUGAAGGCUGCUUUUCACGCCGAAGAGGCCGAAAUUCAUUGCAUGGCCUCGCCAUCAGAAGACCUAGAUGGCGAGGAAGCUACACCAUGGGAGUGGGAGUCCGUGUCUGAAGCGGGCUGCCCGGUUGUCCUACAGGUGGUGCUCUGCGAUCCCUCUCUCUGCUGCUCGCGCUGUGCAGAGUCCCAUCCAGCAGCGGCAAGUUGCCCGAGUGCCCAUCGGGGAGCUCGGCAUCCUUUCGCUCCUGCCCAAGUCGGUGACAGCGACAGCUGGGACAGCUGGGGCAGGCGUGGGAUCCUGCAAGAGGAGGUGCCAGCACCACCGGAGGUCUGGGACUUGGAAGCCUGCCAGGAGUUCCGGGACGGGCUCAGGCGGCAGGUGAAGCCAGGAGUGGAGUCUGUCAGAAGCACGAGCAGCGAUGGAAGCUGCCAGGGGCGCACGCAGUGGCGCCACCUCCUGACCCCAAUCAGCUCCCCUUUCUCCUUGGCCUGCAGCGACAGCUCCCCGGAAUGGCUCCAGGCCGAGCCGCAGCCUGCGGUCGAGGUUGUGGAGGUUGCCGCGGAUGCCGAGAUUGCUGAGGUUGCAUCUUGUUCUGGCAAUGCAUGCGACGCGUGGACGGAGGAGUCGCCCGUAUCGGCCGUGCACGUGGAUCCCCAUCUGCAUGCUGCAGAAUGUGCAGAGCUUGGUGAGCAGUUGAACCAGACAAAGCCAAGAUCGGUGCACUCAAUGGAAACAGGCAUCGCAGGGAGCUCCGACACGAAUUCUCCGGGCAAAAGUUCCCUGAUUCCCGUUGCAUCCCUUGCCAGAACAUCCCUUAUCAGCUCGAAGGGGGUUACGCCCCUGCAUGUGGCAGCAGAGCUGGGGAGCACCGACGUGGUUCACAACCUCCUCAAGUCUGGUGCAGCUGUUGAUGCGGCCACGUCCGAUGGCUUCACGCCUCUGCAUGGGGCAGCGAACAUGGGCUGUGCUGAGACAGUCGCGUCACUGAUUUCUGCCCGUGCAGAUGUAUCAGUCCCUGCCAUUGAUGGCUCCACUGCAUUGCAUGGGGCGGCGAGACAUGGCCACACAGAAACCGUGGUGCUGCUGCUGGAGAAGGGCAGCGUCCUUGAUGCUGCGGACCACAAUGGUGGCUUCACGCCGCUGCAUGAUGCAGCACACGCCUUGGUCCAGCUGCUUCUCAAGAGCCGCGCCAACCCGACUGCUGUGGCUUCUGGCAACACCACGCCACUAGAUCUGGCUGCCUAUGCUGGGCACCUGGAUGUGGUAAGGGAACUGCUGGUUGCCCGUGCCUGGCCAACACCCGACGCGCGGACGGUGCUUUCGCCCCUCCGGCUGGCUGCGCACGCGAAACAUCCCCAGGUGCUUCGGCUCCUCCUCACUCACCUGCGCGAGACCACGACUGGGCUGAAGGGCUUUGACUGCAGAUGCUGCACGUUGCUGUUGGAUGCGCCUGCAGCCGACCGUCAUCUCACAAAGAAUGCAGCAUUCACGGCUGGUUGUCGCAUGGCGCGCAUGCAAGUGCCCUUUCUCUGGUGGAUGGCAUGGGCCAUGGCAUGUCAGCCCGAGGAGAUUAGAAGAGCUGAGGUCUUGAUGCGGAAGUGCGAGAUUCGGGACGGUGGACACUCCUGCGCAACGUCGCUCCAGCGAACGAGCAGUGCCGGCAGUGUAGCGGACUCCGCCGCAGGUGUGGAGCGCUCCAAUGCUCUGGAGGAGGAGAACCAAAGAUUGCGCGAGGAGCUUGCGAGGUACCAAGCAGAUGCGUUGACGGUGCGGCGCAGGCCGAUGGCCGCCAUCGCCGGGGGCGGAUUCCGCGGGGCCGGUCCGCAGAGGCAAUGCAUGUGCGAGGAUCUGAAGGUGAAGCUCGCCAGGAUGGCGGCCGCUUUGUCCGGCAGCCCGGCACAGCUGAGGAUACGGCCUCGGCUGUGGUUGAUGCCUUACGCCUCCUCCUCUCCGCCCUGGGUGCAGUGCUUGCUUCCCCCGCCGGCCUUCAAGCUGCCAAGGACGCCCAUGAGCUUCGAUCGUUGCCGGGGCUUGGGAAGAGUCUCAAGAGGCUUUGGUUCAACACGCCCACGGGCGAUUGGGACUCCAAGGAGCAGGUCUUGUGGCUUUGCCGCGUGCUGGCAGUCACAGAAGGCUCCCGAGCAGGUCAGUCUGAACGAGCUGGACCUUAGUCUAGAUGAGGCCUGGGCCGCCGAGGCGAUGGCAGUGCAGGAGGUGCUGCGCGGUCGUCACUGGCAGCAACUGCAACAGUGGCCUGCGGACCGGCGAUGUGGCGGCGGGAGCGACCCGCUGCUGUCCACAGAUAGGCUGCCGAAAUCGCUGAAGAGUGCCUUCGACCUGGAGGGAGUCCGCCUGACCAAGGCCCAGGCUGCCGGCCUGGGUGUGGCGAUGAUGCUCCCAGGCUCCACGGUGCUGGCGAUGGGUGGCGUAGGAUGCGCACUCCUCCUGAACUCCUCCCAGAGAGCCGCUGGCGGCGCAGACGCAGACCAAGAUCGGUGGCAGGCACUGCAGGAAACCUGGCUCAAGCACGCGCAUACGCUCCUCAGGCGGAAGACCUGCCCCAUCGAGGUGAGGUACGCGGACGGUGCCGGGCCGGCCGUGAUCAAGGUGACGCUCUAUGCCUUGAGGGAUGUGCUUUGUGCCCUACCAGUUGGAAGCUUGGGCACAUGGGGCGGAGGCGGCACCGGCGGCGAGUCGGUGGCACGCCUUGCUCGAGGUGAGAGUUGCAGGCUGCGACCCGUCACAGAUCAGGACCUGUUUCGGCUGCGGGUCUACCGGCCGGCUCCUCUCCUGGACGUCGUCUUGCACGAUGGGGUACAGGUUCGCCGCGGGGACCGGCUGCGCGUCGAGGUCUCCACCAGCGGAGAGGCCAGUGUCUACUCCGAUGCGCCUGGCCUGCAGAGGCCGUCCAUCGAUGACCCGGUGAUGGAGCAGGAGCAGAACUCCCCGCCUGCACUGGACUGA